GGCAACGACACAAGAAAACUGUUCAUCUACCACCGCCCGGCGACUCCGAUAGUGAAGAAGAACCGCCCAAAAUGAAGCAAAAUCGUUCUAUUCCCACGAAGACAAUACCGCCACCACCACAAUAUUUUAGUUUAGUGGGAGAGGGCUUGCAAUCAGAAAAGGAAGACAGCCACGAAUCAAGUUUACCAGGACCGAGUGACCCCCCAUCGCCAACUAAUUCACAGCAAUACCAAGGCACACUCUCUAGCGAGCAAGUUUUAUCUAGCUCUCACGAAUUGGAAAGCCGUUCGAUUCCUCAGGCAGAGGACAUUGAUACAACUUUCGGCAGAGAUAAUGGCACGUCACCAAACGCAGGAAAUUUAGAAUUCCAAAAGUGGAUGGUACGUCAAAUGAAUGUGAUGAAAGCCCAACUGCGACAACUACAGGAAAGCGUAGACGUUUUAGUGAGCAAUUACAAUUGGGGGACCAAGACGGGUGGUCAAAACGAAAAGUUUCCAGUGGGUUUAUUACCAGUGGAUGAUGAGUCUGACUUGAAGAAACUCGAGGAUUUCGCCAAGGCAUCAAGAAUCACAUUGAUUACAGAACUGCAGAAAGGCAUACGUGCGACCAAGGAUGUAAAGAUUGCUACACAGCGGAUACUAGCCAAGUUGCUGACAGAUAAGUAUGCAUCGUCAUACAACUGGAUUGGUUCAAGAGGACCGAAGUCACCUUUUUCAAAAUCAUGGAUGAAGCACAUUAUAUAUGAGGCAAUUCAAGGACUGGAAAACUUGGGCAACGCUGACGACGACGAGAUUUGGGAAGCAAUUAAAAAUUGGCUCAAAAAUUCCAACAAGCGUAUUGAAUCGGUAGGACAAAAUGCAAUAUUAUUUUUGGAGAAGUCCAAUGCAGCUCUUCCAUUAAGAAAUACUGGACCAGAAUCAGACAAUUGA